AUGGGAUUACACUAUAACCGGCUACACAGAAUCACUCGAUUUCUUCUUCUUCGCCAAACCAUUCGAUCUCUCUCUCAUUUUCACCUCAAUUUAGCUCAUUCAAACCCUAAACCCUCUUUUCUCCGGUCAUUCUCUUCUCUCCCUUGUUCCGGUCCGGCGACAUCUUCCCCUAGUGCCUCCUCUUGUUCUCGUCUCUCUCCUCUCCUCCGACCCGAUUAUCUGUUGCUGGUUGGUUAG